UACAGCCCAGACAAACUUUACCUGUAGCUGGCAAGCUAGUCUCGCUUAACUGUAGUAAAAAGGGAAAAAAAUAGCAGAGAUCAUAUUUGAAGGCCGGCAUUAAAUGGCAAUUAAUGUCUUACAAAGUUUGGUAUAUUUGUUCAAAGUGAUCAACAACGGUUUUUAUCGCGAUAGCCCAUGACUGCAAUGACCUGUAAAUUAAGUGGCCUUUUCAGCAUUGGCGAGGACUUCGAAGAUGAGGACCUGCUCGAGACAGACUGGGCUUCCUGCUCCGUGUCUGGACCAGCCGAUGUGGCAGCUGCUGUGUCAUCCUGCGCUCUGCGUGCCUCCUCUGUUGCUCACAGAGAGCCGGAGAAAAUUUGCCUCCAGCAAACUGGAGAGAGAUCAGCUGCCCCGUGCAAUGGCACAGCAUCAGAGAGCAGCACGCACACUGCUGCUACGGGACAAACUGUUGCUUUGGGGUUGAGACAGCUCUCAUCUUCCUCUCAUUCCAGCUCUCCUCUCCCUACUCCUUCUCCCACGCUGAAUAACUCUGAGCCAAAUCGGGCAACACAACAGAGUCACGCUCACGCUAAGGGGCUGCCGAAGCCCUGUGUGGCUCAGGAUGACUUUGAUGACUGGGAUGUUGACCUGGCAGACCUGGAGGAAUGUGAUGGCCAAAUGGGACAGAUGUCUGAACCUCGUGCUCCACGUGCGCCCGCAGUAGAGCCUCCAGCCAAAAUGCUGCGACCCUCGACCUGUGGACAGACUCAGACACUACCUGUUCGAACAGUGAGGGAGCUUAGUGCCACAUCCAAGACUUCUAGCUCCUUUGGUCACAACUCGGCUCCUUUUCCACCUGUCCAACAUCCAAAUCCUCGCCCUGCUUUCCCUUUAGCCCCUCCACAGAAGUCUGACGUUUUCCCUGGCUUUACUGCAACUUCUCCAGCCCCAAGCUCUUUUUCCAGGACGCUUAACAAACCUCAGCAGCCACAGAAAACAUGUACAACUCCAAGACCCUCCCCUAAGCCCCGCAGCCUCUUUGAUACAGUCUCCCCGGCACCCUCUUCCUCCCCCUCUCCCUCUGUGAGCCCUCAUCCUCUUCACACGCCAGUACUCACCAAUCGCCUGGUCCAGCUAGUCUCUGCCUCCAAUAAGCUUCCCAAGAAGAGGCCUCGCUCAGAGCCACGCCAGCCCAGGACCCGGCGCUUCCCUGGUCCAGCUGGGCUUCUGCCACAGCAGCCUCAGGGUCAGAACCUGGAUGAGAUUGUGGUUUCUGUUCCUCAGACUCCUGCCCAUGGGGCUGUGGCUCGACUACCAAGUCAGGCUUCCAGCUCACAGACUGAGGAAGAAGAGUUCAGCGGCGGCGCCUGGGCAGCGAUGAAGAUGGAGAUGGGAUUGGAUGAGAGGAAUCCAUCAUGCUUCCUGCGCUCCUACAGUGUGGUCAUGGUGCUUCGCAAGGCUGCACUGAAACAGCUGGUCAGGAACAAAGUCCCAAACAUGGCUGUGCUUCUGAAGAGCAUCGUCCACACACAUGCUGAUGCCAAGGCGGUGUUUAAGGACCCGACAGGUGAGAUUCAGGGAACAAUUCAUCGGCGUCUUUUAGAGGACAGAGCGGAGGAGCUAAAGGUCGGGGCUGUGCUGCUGCUCAAACAAGUGGGUGUGUUUUCCCCCUCCCAUCGUAACCAUUACCUGAAUGUAACUUCCAAUAACCUGCUGAGGAUCUACGCUGCUGAUGGAGUCAGUCUGACCUCCACUCAGCUUCCCCCUCUGGUCCUGGAGCCGAUGUUGCUGUCACCCACUCAGUCUCCUGGUGUCCUUCAGGAGCCAGUUUCCUGCAUGCAGCUGAUGUUUGAUGAAGAGGAUGACGAGGGAAAAGAUUGGGAAAGACACAGAGAGAGAGAGGGAGACCCUCAAGCCCCGGUAGACAGUGGCAGAGGCUACAGCAGAGGCUCCCCAGAGUAUGGUGGGAACACAGCACCACAGGAGCCAAGCUGGGAUGCAGAUGAUGAUCUGGAUGAACUGCUGGGAGAAUUGCCCGAGGAUGCCUGCAGCCUCUGAUGGAAACUUCACAUGAAACUUUACAGACUGUCUCCCAGGACUUGCAUUAUGACUGACUCACCUUGCACUUCUACCCUCAUUUUCCUUUAGAGUCACCUUCUAAACACUGAAAUACUGGUGAAAAUAUGUACAGUAUAUGUUGUUUACUCAAAACUGUUUCAGACCUGUUUAUAAAUACAAACAGAGAAUAGUCUUGAAUUAAUUUGUUGUAACUGUGCCGAUGCUUUGUAUCACCGAUAACUGAUAAGUCGCUCGUUAAUUCCAAAAAUCUGCCUUUUUUUUUUUUAUAUCAUCUACACAUCCUGUGUUCUUGUAGCGACUUUGAGCCUGUUCUAUGUGCGUAUUAGAGAUGUUCCCCUUC